AUGUCAGUCACCGGCGGUCACGUCGCCGUGUUCGCUUUUCCGUUCGGCACCCACGCCGCCCCACUCCUCACUCUUGUCCAAAGAUUGGCCGCUGCUGCACCAAACUUGAGAUUUUCCUUCUUCUGUUCCACACAAUCCAACCAAAAAGCUUUUUCCAGAGUAAAACACGAAGGAUUUGAUAAUAUAAAACCAUACAAUGUCGCCGACGGUGUGCCGGAAGGGCACGUGUUUUCCGGCCAUCCACUGGAGGCUAUGGAGUUUUUCUUAAAUGCUAUGCCGAAAAACUUUAAAAGCCGGCUUGAAGAUGUGGUAGAGGAGACAGGUUUGAAGGUGAGUUGCUUGCUGACGGAUGCGUUCUUGUGGUUUUCCGGCGACAUGGCGGAGGAGAUGGGCGUUCCUUGGGUGGCGUUUUGGACGGCUGGGCCUUGUUCCAUCUCCAUUCAUAUAUAUACUGAUGUCAUCAGGAACACUAUCCAAUCAACAGCAGGCAAGGCAGAAAAUGCAGACCAAACCCUAAAUUUCCUUCCAGGAAUGGCACCAAUACAUGUUAAUGAUUUACCUGAAGGAGUCCUGUACGGAAAUUUAGAUUCACCAUUCUCACGCAUGUUACAUAACAUGGGACUAACAGUGGAACAAGCAACAACAGUUGAAGAAAUAGACCCUGUCAUCACAGAUGAUCUCAAGUCUAAGAUGAAAAAAGUGCUAAAUCACCACCACCCAUCAUAUUCCGACGAGAAUGGAUGCAUAUCAUGGCUGGACAAGUGCGAGACUGCGUCAGUGGCAUACCUAAGCUUUGGUACCAUACUGACACCGCCUCCUCCGGAACUACUAUCAUUGGCUGAAGCUUUAGAGGAAAAAGGCGUGCCGUUUAUUUGGUCAUUCAGAGACAACUCAAAACAGCAUGUUCUAGAAGGAUUUCUCGAGAGAACAAGGAACCUUGGAAAGGUUGUUCCAUGGGCUCCUCAGUUGCAAGUCCUGCAGCAUCCUUCAGUGGGAGUGUUUAUAACGCAUUGUGGAUGGAACUCGGUAUGGGAAAGUAUUGCAGGCGGUGUGCCGAUGAUUUGUAGACCAUUCUUUGGAGAUCAGAAGUUGAAUAGGAGAAUGGUGGAGGAUGUAUGGAAGAUUGGGGUGGGUGUUGAGGGUGGUAUCUUCACCAAAUGUGGAACAGUAACCGCAUUGGACCUCGUUUUGUUGAAUGAAAAGGGGAAGAAAAUGAGAGAAAAUACUGGCGGGAUCAAAGCGAAUGCUGUGAAAGCUGUUGGCACAAAUGGGAGCUCAACUGAAAAUUUCGAAACUUUGUUAGAAGUAGUGACAACUUCCAAGAAGACUUAA